GCACUGAUUUAACGCAUGCCCACUACUGCUUAGUGGGGUACCGGAUUGGGACAGGGGGUUAUUGUUGUUAGGACGUGGUCUGGCUUGUGCGUAUGAAGACUGAGAAUACGGUGUAAAAUGGAGUUGACGGCUUUUUCACAGGAACUGUGAGCGUUAAAGAGCAAGAUGUGUGUGUGUGAUUCACGGGGCUUUCAUCUCCUGGGUGCGUUUCUGAAAAUUUCCUCUGUUUUUUUUUUUUUCCUGAGGAAAAUGGUGCAAGAUGAUCGUCUGAAGAUGGCAACUGAGAGAUGAGUGCGAUGAAGCCCACGAGGAAUGUGAUGCUGGUGCUCUGUCCCAUGCUGGUGCUCGGCUUCCUGUACUAUUCGUCUGGGAGACUGCACCUCCGCCCCUGGAGCCACAGAUCACAGGUGGACGUGGACCGCUCAUCCUCCGUGGGACGGGUAAUAGCAUCACGUAUAGUGUAUGACAAGCAGGGGUUCCUCAUUAAGCCAGAUGGAAGACUGCCGCUGGAGCUACAGUAUAAGUAUGGAAAUCUGAGUAAAGGAGAAUGUAAGCCCGGCUAUUCGGAGGCCAAGAUGACCUCAAUCUAUCCAAAGUUUGUGAAACCGGCCCCCAUGUUCCUUGAUCAGAAUUUUAAACGGCUGUCGAAGAUCAGCAACUACCUACCACCCUUCGGGAUAAAAUCACAAGAAAAGCUCAUUGACAUCAUUUUAGCUGAGGCAAGGAACUACGGGCUUGGAGGUGAACUGGACAGUUUGAGCUGUAAGAGGUGUAUCGUCAUCGGCAAUGGAGGGAUCCUUUCCAACAAGUCCCUGGGCUCCAGAAUUGAUGAGUAUGAUGUGGUCAUAAGGCUGAACGGGGCUCCAGUGAGCGGCUACGAGAAGGAUGUGGGAACUAAGACCACCAUGCGCAUCACAUAUCCAGAGGGAGCGAUUCAGAAAACCGAGCUCUAUGAGAAGAGCUCUCUGUUCGUCGUCUCUGCCUUCAAACCACCUGACCUCAAAUGGCUCAGGCAGAUAGUGUUCAAGGAGAAACCGCGUGGGACAGAUGGAUUCUGGAAGUCAGUGGCGCGUGUCGUGCCCAGGGAAGCAGCAGACAUGAGGAUACUGAACCCGUAUUUCAUCCAGGAGGCAGCGUUUCAGUUCAUCGGUCUGCCACACAACAACGGCCUCAUGGGUCGAGGGAAUAUCCCAACGCUGGGGACAGUGGCGAUCACGAUGGCGCUGCAUAACUGUGACGAGGUGGCGGUGGCUGGAUUCAGCUAUGACAUGAGCAACCUUCAUGCACCACUGCAUUACUACGAGAAGCUCAAGAUGUCCGCUAUCAGAGAUUCAUGGACACACAACAUACCGAAAGAAAAGGAGUUUCUGCGGAAGUUGGUGACGGCCGGUGUAAUUCAGGAUCUGACCUACGGAAUCUGAGCAUCUCUCACACACCUGCACAAAUAUGGAAAUGCCAUUGCUGACUCGCUUCUACCAAGCACCUGAGUAUGCGGACUUCACGCAUUAACAUGGUUAAUGGAAGACUCCACCCAUCGCAAGUCUUGACGCUCCGGUCUGAGAACAUGCUAGUAUGUAAGACAUAAAAAGGCGUGCUUUUACGCUAUAUCAGUCUUUGAGAAACUCCCUUUUUUAAAAUGGUUUUAAAUGCAGCGUGAGGGACAUGCCUUUGUAUUUAAAUAGUAUUACUAGUGACAUUAAGUAUUGACGGCUGCAGGGACCACAAACAGCAUUAGCACCACGGCUGUAGACACUAAGUGACAGCUGUACCACAGCAGUGAAACAGAUACAUUCUGAUGCAUUAUGCACACUACAUCAUUUUAAAGAUCUCAUAUGAUGUAUUGAAUUUACUUUUUUCUCUGAAGUCCAUCUAAUCAUUUCUGUUACAAAAACAGUCAUAAUUCAUUUUUACAUGAUCAUUUUCUGACCUUCUAUUAAAUAUUAAAUUCAUCCUGACUGGAUGGCUGCUUCACAAGUGAAAUGAGGCACAGCACAUGUAGAAACGAGAGAAACAAUAGCAUGUGCUAGUUAAACACUGUUAUACUGAUUUUUUUAAAAAUGGGUGAGUGUUAAUUGUACCACUAUUAAAUUGAUGCCUAGACUAGGUAUAGAAUCAGCUUUGAAUGAGUGGGUAUAUUUAAACAUGUUCAAUUCUGUCAUAUCAGAGAAGCAAGAAAUUUGCACUUUAGUUUCCAUAAAUCAGUUUGAUGGACUGUGGUGAGAGUGGUACAUUUUGAAACUAUACUGAGGUCUUUUAUUUCAGGUGACCUUCAGUUUAUUGUGUAAGGUCACUUAAGACAGCUUCAGUUAUACAUUAAAAUUUUUUAAAUCGAAUAAGGUCAUUAAAUAGUGUAAAUAAAAUUCAACACAGUUAAAAUUUGUACUGACUCACUGGGGUUCAUUAUAGCAUUAGAAACAUCAUGUCCAGUUCACACUUCCCUGUAGCCGUCCACACUUAAAGUUAUGUGUACACGAAAGCGAGUGUCUGUUUUUUGAUUUUUGUUUUGUUUUUUUUAGUAUUUAUGUAUGCACUGUGUAAGUUACAUUCUUCAGUUCACUUCACAGAGCUUUAAUGGUGUUCACCUCAAACUUGGGCUGCUUUCUCUGCAGUCUUUAGUGUUACAGCACAGAUGAUAAGGACUGAUUUUCCCCAUUGUGUUCUGCUAUAUAUAUAUAUAUAUAUAUAUAUAUAUAUAUAUAUAUAUAUAUAUAUAUAUAUAUAUAUUAGCAGGACUAAAGGGGAUUGUGUUACAGUGUUGAAAUCACCAUGUUUUUCUCACUCAGCCUGUGAUUCUGUCUGGUGCAGUAUAUGACAAAUCAGUAUAAUUAAAGUAUUCAGAAUUUGUUACAUUCUUGUCUGAAAUGUAUAUGUGUGUGUCACCUAAACUACAGCCAUCCAUCAUGUUCUAUUAAAAAUUUAAAUUUGAA